CAAAAAAAUUAAACGCGGCCGGCUUGGUAAUUUUUUCAGGAUCCAGUAUGAGUAUCCAGUAGAGUGUAGAGGCCCUGAUAUAUAUUGAUGUAAUGUGAUAUUCCGUAGUUUUGUAGGCCUUUGACAUGAUAGCAGUGACAAUUUAAAGUCACAUGUUUUUUAGUUGUACGAUUGAACGUCUUUUGCUUGAUUCUUAAUUGUUCCAGAGUAACUGAGCCAAAGGGUCAAGAUGAACACAGACACAGAAGGGUUUGGGGACCUGCUCCAGCAGGCGGAGCAGCUGACGGCAGACAUGGACUCGGGCACAGACCUGCCUCAUGUUGAGCGCAACCUGCAGCAAAUCCUGGAGGCGGGUCAGCGUUUGCUCUCACGGGCCACCCCAGCUACUCAGGACAACACUGAUGUGCAGGCAUCCAUACUCUUGGGCAGCAAGGGAUUUGUCUUGCCCAAGAUUUCUGAGCGCCUAGAGGGUCUGAGAGCAGCCACAACUUUUGAGCCGUUAGAGCCAGUCAGGGACACAGACAUACAGGGUUUCCUUCGUAAUGAAAGAGAAAAUGCUCUGUUGGCUGUGAUAGAGCAGACGCGCAAAAAUACGUUUGAAGAGGUGGAGCGCAGACAGUGGGAAUGUAUGGAGAACGAGUGGGAGAGAGAGAAACAGAAAAUUCUCAACUCCCUGCUUGGUUCCGGCCAGGAAUCCUUUGAGUUUCAGCAGGACCCGGAGCUUCUGAUGACAGAAUCAGAGUUGAGUGGUGGAAGGAGCAGUUUGGAUCACAUUGAGAUGGCCUAUGCCAGACAGGUAUUCGUGUACAAUGAGCACGUGAUAGAGAAUGGCAUCUUGCCUAGCCUGGUGGACAUGUUCCUCGAGGUGGCUCACAAGAUCAACGACCAGAGUGUGACAGACCUCUGGCAAAUGGUCAAGUGCAUGACGGAGAUUCCCCUGGGUCAGAUGUUUGGCAACCAGCCAUCAGUUAUUCGCAAGGACCGACAGAUCCAGGCCCAUUUAUUGUCUCGGGCCAGACAGUACCUGGAGCAGAACUACAUCCGCUACAUAGAGAUGACUAUCUCCACCAACCUACGGCAGGUCCAGUUGGGCGGAGUCCCCGGGACCUACAAGCUGGUGCUCAGUUUCCUCAAUGUCAAGCCUCCUGUCGCGGUUCGCUCCGCUGAGGAUGGUGAAGUGGAUGGUCAGCCUGUGUGGGCUCUUAUCUUCUUCUGUCUGCGCUGUGGUGACCUUCGAGCGGUCAAAGACAUCUUGGACAGAGCUGGGCACCAGCUAGGUGACUUCCCAACGUUCUUUGCUGAGUACAUGAACUCCUCCGAUCACCGAUUGGGCCCUGGAAAUGACACCAAAAUCAAACUGAAUUACAGAAGAGUGAUCAAAAACUGUUCAGACCCUUACAAAAGGGCGGUAUACUGUGUGAUUGGCCGCUGCGACUGGGCAGAGGACCACGCGGAGAUCCUGGACAAGAUUGAUGACUACCUGUGGCUGAAGCUGUCUCACAUACAGGAGGUUUACUCUGACAGUGGUCAGGAGCAGCUCACACUCAAGCAGCUGCAGAAGAUGCUGUAUGAAGACUAUGGUGAACCCCACUUCAACGGCUACCAGCAGCCCUUCUUAUACUUCCAAGUGCUUUUCCUAACGGGUCAGUUUGAGGCAGCCAUAGAGUUCUUGUCUCGGAUCGAGCGUCUGCGAUAUCACGCUGUCCAUGUGGCAUUGGUGCUCUAUGAGAUGAAGAUGCUGGUUCUGCCCUCUGACUGCCAGGCCCAGCUGUUGAGCGAGGACAGCUCCGACUCUGCAGGGCUUCGACGACUGAACCUAGCCCGUCUUAUCAUGAUGUACACACGCAAGUUUGAGGCCACUGAUGCCCGGGAGGCAUUACAGUACUUCUUCUUCCUCAGGAAUCUGAAAAGCCCAGUAGGCGACAAUCUGUUUAUGUCUUGUGUCAGCGAAUUGGUCUUGGAGACUCGAGAGUUUGAUAUGCUCCUCGGCCGACUGGAGAAGGAUGGCUCAAGGAAACCUGGUGCCAUUGACCGGUUCCAGCAAGACAACCAGCGCAUCACAGAGAUGGUUGCCAAGGAUACAGAGACCAAGGGUCUGUUUGAAGAUGCUGUUAGGCUCUACGACCUUGCAAAGAACCACGAGAAAGCCUUGAGUCUGAUGAACAAGCUGCUGAGUCAGGUCGUUGCCAUAGCGCCUAGUCCACAGUCCCCAAGAGACCGGUUGGCCACUCUGGCCGUAAGCAUGGCAGAACGAUACCAGUCCAUGGGUCAUGAGGGAACACAGGUCACGACUCGCACCUUCUUCCUCCUCCUUGACCUUGUGACUUUCUUUGACUUUUGUCACUCUGGCACUGUCAACAAGGCUCUAGAGGUAAUUCAAGGCAUCAACCUUCUUCCUUUUGCACCUGAAGAAGUGGAGCACAAGGUCAACAGUUUCAAGCACUAUUCCGAGGAGAUCCGCCGAUGCCUGCCUGACAUACUGUUGGCCACCAUGAAUAUCCUGCUCAGCAAGUACAACAACAUCAGAAACUCCAGUUCUCAGGGUCCCUUUGUGCGGACAGGUGCUCUUGCAGAUGGAGGCAAAGACACUUAUUUGAACUACUUACGGAGCCAGGCUAAGACGUUAAUCAUGUUUGCCGGGAUGUUGCCGUACCGACUGCCAGGAGAUACAAAUGCCAGACUUGUGCAGACCGAGGUGCUCAUGAGCUGAAUCUGACUAACGCGCACUCACACACUGAUGUUAUGCUCUGCCUGUGUAACUGUAACUGGUUUCUUGAACAUUUUUCAACUUGCAAACAAAAUAUAUAGUCACAAAAGUUUGCCUUCAGUUCUUUUUGCCUUCAGUUCUUUUGCUCUAUUUCAGGCCCAUGCUGACUCCGGAUUUUUAUUGACAAUCCACACAUCAUCCUCAGUAAUGGAUAAAAAAAAUAAAAAAUUGGCCUAUUUCUUCCAGUUACAUAGUCAGAGCAUGGGACCAUCAGCAUUGGUUUCCAUGGUUUUAUGUAAUGACUUUUUGUGUUUACACUCGAGUGUCUGAAUUCAAGAUUGGAGCAGCUAUUUCCACAAAAGUGCAGUGAGUGCGGUUGUUGCCAUAGGACAUGAAGAUUAGGAAUGUCUUUGCUUAAAGCUCAUAGACCAAGUAUGGUAUAAAAAUGUUUCAGGGCAUAAGAAUAGAAACAAAUUAUUUGGAUUUCUCUCUUGCUCCAGACAGAGUUAUGAAGAGAUACAUGGAUUUUAUGACUUGCCUUGUAAAUCUCAAGCUGUUAAGAAGUUUACUGUAAUGUCACCUUAAAAAUUGUCUGUGCUAUGAUAAUUUAAACUGUUCUUGGUACUGUAAUGCUUUCGAAAUGAGAAAUGAUCAAUGAUUCAUGCAUAUUUGUGUAUGAGAUAUGUAUCUCUAUUCUUGUAAACAAUUUUUCACCUUUGUUUAUUGACUUGAGCUUCAUUUCAAUUCGCUGCCUGUAAAAUGGUUGUCAAAGCAGAGGGUAGAUAGUAGGCAGUCUAACUUAGGUUACAUCUUAUUCCAAGUCUUGAAUUAUUUUUCUUAUCAGCCACCUGGCAUUUUUAAAACUUAAUAAUGGUUAAUGUUAUUUGUUGCAUCCAAUACACACGCAAAUAGACGUCAGUUCGAAGUUGGGGAAGUUUAGGGUCAAUUUUUGUUUUGUUUUUUUGGCCAACUGUGGCGACCUAUAAAAACAACACACCAGAAUUCAUAUAUGUAAAUAUCCCUUCAGUAAUGUCAGUGGACGUCCUAUGUAUGUGCUUGUAUUUGUGUAAUUUGUCGUUUGAAAGGGGAUGGCAUUGAGACCAUGUUUGUUUUACUGUGACUUGAUAAGAGACUGAGGGUGAGUGAGAGAGUGAGGGUGAGUGAGAGAGUGAGGGUGAGUGAGAGAGGAAGAGAGAAAGGAAGUUCAAAUCUGUGUAAUGAAAAAUAGGUGUUUUUCAUUGUUAUGCACUAUGAGAAUAAAAUCCUCCUUUUGAAAUUAUUUUGUUGUAGAAGGGGGCCAUCUUUUUUUUGUAUUUCUCCUUUGGUACUGCUCAUGCUGCCAUGUCUUCGAAAUAAUUGCUGCUGUAGGUUGCUAGUGAAAGCUUUUAAAGAUUUAGGAUCACAAUUUAGACUCUACAGCAUCUAACUUCUUUUGCUCAUGACUCCCCCCUUCCAUUGAUAUAAAUCUUUUCUCUAUUGCUUUUAGGUUUUUGUUUGUGGGGGGGGGGGGGUGAGGUGGCAUUUACUUUUUCCAGUUCAUGACAAAACUGGUGGUCCGUUUUAUGUUUGGGAUAUGGAGAAGGGAACUUGGGCCUCCUUUGAGUAUUUUGUUAGUAUGAAUUACAUUCAUAUAUAUAUAUAUCUAUGUAUGCAUUGAUUUUGUGAAGGAGACAUUGAGGCAUUGUUUUGUAUUUUCUAAUGCAUUGUUGUUUCUCUUUGUAAUAAAAAAAAAAUAGUUGACUGUUUUUCA